UGGACUUGGUGGCCAUCCGGUUCUUGCGCCCCGGGGGUGCGGGGCGAGGGGCGGGCUGGCCUGACCCCGAGCCUCCCCUGGCUGGCCGCGGCUCCACCCGUGACAAGUUGCUGGUGGGGGUGGUGGGGACACAAUGGCCGAAGCGGCGGAGGUAGCAUUAAGUGAUGGGGACACUGAGGGUGGCCCGGCGGAGAGGCCCCGUAGUGGCGGUGCGUGCGGCGCUGGGCUCCUGGGCUCAGGUCUCUGGCUCCGACGGUCUGGCCCAGCCGCCAGGGCCCCAGUCAGUCACGGUCUCAUCCCGUGGUCUCCCGCUCGCAGCCCCAGCCCGCAGCUUUGAGGUCCUCCGGGCGGCCCCCUCAGCCCAGGUAGGCAGGAUGGCCCUUCCUGGCUCAGCGCCUCCAGGGCUGUUAUCUACGGGAGCAGAGACCGUACGUGAUGCGGCCAGGCCGGGUGCGCUGCCAGUCCACGCACAAGGCGGUCUCCGCGAGAACCGAGUGCAGGAGAGUGAAGGGGACAAGGUCAUGCUGGCAUUUAUACUUUUAACUCAUGUUUCAGAUAAUGAAAAGAAAACUGAGAAGGAGGAAUGGAAGCUAAAGCAGGAAAUUUCUGAAGAAACAGGAUCAGGACACCCAGUACAAAUACCCCGUGGAUCUAAAUUCUUAGGACCCAGGGAAAGUGAGAACAUCUUGGAGAGGCAACAGGUAAACUCAGCAGAGGCUGGACUGCUACACUCUUCUUUUGAGGAAAAGGGGUUCAGCCAAGUGAGCAUUACCCUUAAGAAAGGAAAGCUUGACAUUGAUAUGAAACUGAGAAUUUGUGAUCUGACCCCAACCGUUACACAUCAGAGAGUUUCAACAAAGGGAAGAACCUAUAGGUGCAAGGCAUGUGGCCAGAGCUUCAAACAGAAGUCAGGACUUACUCAGCAUCAGAAAAUCCAUACCGUAAAGAGAAGCUGUUAGUGCAACGAAUGCGGAAAGGUCUUCACCAGGAGCUCUAACUUGGUUAUAUGUCAGAGCAUUCACACGGGAAGGAAGCCUUAUGUUGGUGGUGACUGAGGCAAAGACUUUAUGAGCUCCAAUCUCAUGUGACAUCCACGAAUUCAUACCAAGGAGAAUCCCUAUGAAUGUAAUCAGUGUGGAAGAGCUUUCAGGGGAAGCUCAAACCUUAUCCUGCACCAGACAAUUCAUAGUGGAGGGAAGCCAUAUGUAUGUAAUGAAUGUGGGAAGGCCUUCAAUCAAAGCUCAGAUCUUAUUAUCCAUCACAGCAUUCACAGUGGAGAGAAACCCUAUGAAUGUAAUGACUGUGGGAAAGCACUCAGUCAGAGCUCCCAUCUUGUUAACCACCAAAGAAUUCAUACUGGGGAGAAACCCUAUGAAUGCAGCGAAUGUGGAAAAGCCCUCCGGCAGAGUUCCCUUCUUAUUCAGCAUCAAAGAAUCCUCAGUGGCGAGAAACCCUACAAAUGCCCUGAAUGUGGGAAAGCCUUCUGUGGGUGCACAGUUUCUCUUAAACAUCAGAGACUUCAUAUUGGAGAAAAACUUGAAUAUGAGAAAGCUUUCAGUUCAGAUUCAGAACUUAAUGGACAGGAGAGAAUUCACAAGGAAAAGAAAUCUUAUGAAUGUAAUGAAUGUGGAAAAACCUUCCUAGGAAGCUCAGAUCUUAUUAGAUAUCAAACAAUUCACACUGGAGAAAAACCUUUUGAAUGCAGUGAAUGUGGAAAGGCCUUCAGCAGGAACUCAGUCCUUAUAGAACAUCAGAGAAUCCAUACUGGUGAGAGGCCUUAUAAAUGCAGUGAAGGUGGGAAAGCCUUUAGGGGGAGCUCUCAACUUAUUCAGCAUCAAAGAAUUCACAGAGGAAAGAAACCCUAUGAAUGCAAUGAAUGUUGCAAGACUUUUAAUCAGAGCUCAGACCUUAUUCGACAUCACAGGAUUCAUAGUGGAGAAAAGCCCUAUGAAUGUAAUGAAUGUGGAAAAGCCUUCAGAUGGAGCUCAGACCUUGUUAGGCAUCAGAAAAUUCACACCGGAGAGAAAGUGCAUGAAUGUAAUGAGUAUGGAGAAACUUUCAGUCAGAGCUCAGGUCUUAGCAUCAGAGACAGCACACAGAAUCCUAGGAAGACAGUAAUGAUAAAAUGUCUAUAUAUAUAUAUAUAUAUUUGCGCACACCUGCCCCCGCGGGUGGGCUGGAAGCGCGCUACGCAGAAGUGGUCAGAUGGGAGCUCCGGGACCUGCGAGGAGUUCAGCUGCGGGCUGGCGCCGCCGGAACAUCACCCCGAGAAACAGCCUUCUGCGCUGGUCUUCCGUGCUUCCUUUGUCCUCGGCCAGCGCCCCUGUUUGUGUGCCUUUAAUGGCCUCUGGCGUACAGCAAAAAAAAGAAAAAAAAAGAAUGAUUUCUACUUAUGUUACAGGGUGCCCCUGAAAGACUCCUGCUAGUAUGGGCCUUCUACAGAGCCAGUCCAGGCUAGGAUGGCUGGAUCACUAACAGCAGCUGAAACUCUGACCCUUCAGGAUACACAGGGUCAAGAGAAGAUUAUGAUGAUGGAGCCAAAGGAAGAGGAACAGUCUUGGGAGUGUGAGACCAGGCUACAUGGGAACCGCUCUCCCAGUCAGGAGAUCUUCCGCCAACGCUUCAGGCAGCUCUGCUACCAGGAGACUCCUGGUCCCCGGGAGGCCUUGAGCCGACUAAGGGUGCUCUGCUGUGAGUGGCUAAGGCCCGAGAGGCACACCAAGGAGCAGAUCCUGGAGUUGCUCGUGCUGGAACAAUUCCUGACCAUCCUACCGGAGAAGCUCCAGUCCUGGGUGCGGGGACAUCACCCUGAGAGUGGAGAGGAGGCUGUGACUGUGCUGGAGGAUUUAGAGAAAGGACUUGAUGAACCAGGACUGCAGGUCCCAGGCCCGGCACACGGACCUGCACAGGAAGAGCCGUGGGAGGAGAAGGAGCCUGUGGGAGCAGCCCAGGAGAAACCAAGCAUCCAGCUCCAGCCUAAGGAGACCCAGCCUUUCCCAGAGCGUGAACAGGUAUAUUUACAUUUUCCGUCAGUUGUUGCAGAAGAUGAUGCAGAGCCCAAGGACAAAGGGUCGUUGCCAGAACCACCCAUUACUGACGUGGAAUCACAGGUGCUCAGAGAAAAACUCACCACCAGCACCUCUACAUUUGAAGCUGCCUCUGAAGUUGAGGCCCCUUUAGAGCAGCAGCAGAGAAAUCUCAAAGGGGAAAGGCUGAAGCAGUCCCCCGCUCAGGGGAAAAGCUUCAGGCAGAUGGUCAUCACCCUUAAGACAACUCCCACAGGGAAGAAAGACCAUGAAUGCAGUGAAUGUGGUAAAGCCUUCAUUUAUAACUCACACCUUAUAAUCCACCAGAGAAUCCAUUCUGGAGAGAAACCCUAUAAGUGCAGUGACUGUGGGAAAACUUUCAACCAGAGCUCAAACCUCAUUCAGCAUCAAAGAAUUCAUACGGGAGAGAAACCCUACGAAUGUCAUGUGUGUGGGAAGUCCUUCAGGUGGAGUGCUCACCUUGUUCAACAUCAGAGGGUUCAUUCAGGGGAGAAGCCCUAUGAGUGUAAUGAGUGUGGGAAGGCCUUCAGUCAAAGCUCAUAUCUAAGUCAGCAUCUGAGAAUCCACAGUGGCGAGAAACCUUUCCUAUGUAAAGAAUGUGGGAAGGCCUACAGAUGGAGUUCUGAGCUUAUCAGACAUCAGAGAGUUCAUGCCAGAAAAGAGCCUUCCCAAUGGACUGUGGGUGAGAAAGUCUCCAGACAGAAUUGUACCUUUGUCUGAUCAGUUUUAGGACUAUAUUCCAUAAAAGUUAUAAGCACCUUAAGAUUUUUCCUGUGUCUUUCUUGAUUUAGGAAAAAAUGUUUACCUAGUCCCACCUUCAGCUCAUCGCCUCAUGCCCUCUGUUUGAGAUGACUGUAUCAACUAGCAUGCCUUUGGCUGCGAGUAACAGCCAAGAUGCCGACUUCAUUAGGGUUCUGGGCCUGGCACAGAGCAGCUGUGCAGGCAGUGGCCAUCCUAUAUUAGUAUUAUUGUGAAUGGGCCUUUGGUCCUGGCCCUUCCUCAGCCCCAUACUGGGCUGCCUCUUCGGACAGGGUCACAUCUACAAGUGUCCAGGCAUGAGACAGAAACCACACUUGUUCUUUGAGCAGGAAACGUUUAAUACAAAGAAGUGCUAGCUAGUAAAGGGGGAUUAUCUGUUAAAGGAGGUAACGAGAUCUUAAUAUAGGAAUAGCAGCAUGGGGAACAGCUACUACCUCUAGGACUGAGGGAGAGCAUCAGAGGAAGAAGCAGACCUAGGAGAGCCAACCCUCCCCCACACCCCCAGCCCAAGACUGGACAGGUGAAAUUCAGGCCUGGCUGGACAGGUGUGGCUGCCCCAGGGGUAUGUGCGAGCUGGUCUGUACAGGCUUGCAACAGCCAGUUCUGCACUUCUUUUCGCCAGCCUGCACUGAAAUUGGUCAUGGUGAGAGUAUUCAUGCCGUGGAAGUCAGGAAAUGCUACAAAUCAGGGCUUUUCUUUUUUAACUAGUUGUUAAAUAUUGACACUGGCUGGUGAAGUUCAUCAAGGCUCUGCAGGUCAGAGCAGGAAGCCACUGGUCGAGGUGCCCACAAACUCACCAGAGGACGGGUGCUGCACUGUAAGGACAAGAAGGAAAACUACCAGAAGGACAGGCCCCUUCCCCUUUGCUGUGUCCCUCCAGUGCCCUUUACUGGCAAAGCCUGACACUGUGCCAGCUGGCAAAGGGGAGAUGUCGACAGUUCCAGCUCCAGUCUCAUAGAGUACGGCAGGGGACGGCAGACUUGGAGUGAGGAGGUGAUUAUUUGCUAACUGGCCCAUGUUAUAAGCUCCUUUCCACCUCAGGACCUCUGUCCUCAUUCUCCAUUCCCUAACUCCAUGCUCUCCUCCCAGAUAGUUACAUAAGUCACAUUUUACUUUGUCUAGAUCUCCACUUAAGUGUCACCUCUUGAGAGAGGCCUUCCCUGACUCUGAGAUACAAGUUUUAUUUCUCUCUCACAUAAAUGUCCAGACGUGAGCAGGUGGUCAGCAAACAGCCCACAGGCCAAAUCCAUCUCGCGGCCUGUUUUUUAAAGCCCACAAGCUAAGAAUGGUUUUUACAUUUUUUUAAGUGUAAAAAGCAGGAAAGAAGAGUUAAGUGACAGACUGUGGCUCACAAAGCCUAAAAUAUUUACUUCUGGCCCCUUACGGGAAAUUUUUUUCAAGCCCUGGUCUAAGGGACAGCUCAGUUUAAUUUCACCAGGUACGUCAGGGACCCACCUUGCUCCUCUGUCCCCUGGAUUAGGAUGUGUUUGUCUGCAUGGUUGAUGCUGGAUCCUCACCGUAUCCCCAUCCCAUUCCCCAGGAAGAGUGAAGUAAUGGUCUCAAAGACUGGCAAUUUCCUUUUCAGCAGGUGUCGCAGAAGGGGACCCAAUCCUUUGGUGAAGAUUCAACUACACAGCCACAUCUACCUACCAGCGAGGCUGGAAAACACCUCUAGCAGGGUGACAAUUCGCCCAGUUAAAACUGAAGAAGGAGAGAACAAAUUUGGGAAGACCGUGAGCAUGCUCCACCCCAUGGAACAUCUCCCCACUUCUGCAGCCUGGUGCUGCGGACUGACUGGCGGAGGAGAGUCCUGGUCCCUGAAAGGGCAGAGCAGGAUCUGGGAAGCAGGUGAUGUGGUCAAGGCGUCAAGGUUAUGGAUUAGAGCUCUGGUCUUGGUGGUGGUCACUCCAGAAAUAGCCAUCACGUUGCCUGCAGCACCCUGUAUUCAUCACUGAGAAGAGCUGAAACCAGAAUAUUUUGUAGGCAAAAUGUUGACCUGAGGCCAUCUCUUCUGACUUCGUUAGUGCAAAAGAAGCUAUUCCAACAGCAGAGGUUCUGUAUACUUAGUUUGGUUGUAUUACAGGAACUAGUUCUGUAUCCAAGAGGGGCUCCUGGGAUUUACAGGUGCCAUACUGGUCCAAUCAUAAUCUGUUCGUGUUUCUAUGUAUGAGUGCCCUGCUCACAGGUGCAUUUUGGAAUUCACUGAUAGCAGAAAGUUCCCCUAGCUGUGCAGCUGAAUAAACAAAAGAACUGGUACCUGCUAACGAGUGUGGUCUUUUGUCCACAGCGGGAGAUAGAGGAAGAAACAGAUUGUUCCCCCUCUCAGGAAGCUAACAGGCAGCCUGUAGUUGAGAGAGCCCUUCCAGCAGCAGUGGUCAGUUCAGCAGUGGUGGGCUCUGCAGGCAGGCAGCCAGUACAGAUCCCAAAGCUCAGGACUCACUAGCUGCGGUGAUCCUGUGAGUUCAU